AUGGCCUACGUCGUGCCAAUUCACCGGGCGAGUAGCAUCCGCCACGCCUUGAAGCUGAACUUCCUCGACCCCGAGGAGGAAUCGCUCGUUGUCGCGAAAGCGAAUCGACUCGAAUUCUACACCCUCACCCCCGAUGGCUUAAGCCUCGCCGCGUCAUGCGCCGUCAAUGCCCGAGUAACGAUGUUGACCGGCCUCUCCAAGCCCGCCGACUCACCUACGGACCACCUCUUCGUCGGUACCGAUCGCUACUCAUAUUUCACAUUAUCAUGGGACGCCUCGAAGCAGCAGGUUCGGACGGAACGGAACUACGUCGACAUUUCGGACCCGUCGUCGCGGGAAUCGCAAACGGGGAACCGAUGCUUGGUGGACCCGAGCGGCCGGUUCAUGACACUGGAAAUCUAUGAGGGAUUAGUGGCCGUGGUUCCGAUUGUGCAGCUGCCGCCUAGACGGAGGGGCCGGGCGCCGGCGAUGCCCUCCGGCCCGAACGCUCCCAAGGUGGGAGAAUUGGGCGAGAUGACCACGGCUCGAAUCGACGAGCUUUUCGUGCGCUCGUCGGCAUUCUUGCAUGUGCAGUCCGGCCCGCCGCGUUUGGCGCUGCUGUACGAGGAUAAUGAAAAGAAGGUGAAGAUGAAGGUCCGCGAGUUGGAAUAUACUCCUGCUACGACGAGCACGAGCGCAGAUGCGACCCUGGCUCAUGUGGAGGAUUUCGUGCAGGAGCUGGACUUGGGAGCUUCUCAUCUUAUCCCGGUCCCUGCGCCGUUAGGCGGUCUUCUCAUUCUUGGGGAAAUGUCUAUCAAAUACAUCGAUGACGACAAUAACGAGAUCAUAUCGCGGUUGUUAGAUGAAGCCACAAUGUUCGUGGCUUGGGAGCAAGUCGAUAGCCAGCGCUGGUUGUUGGCUGAUGACUACGGAAGAUUGUUCUUCCUGAUGCUCGUCUUGGACUCGAACAAUGAAGUGCAGGAUUGGAAACUCGAUCUCUUGGGGAAGACAUCCAGGGCGUCGGCGCUGGUUUAUCUCGGUGGCGGUGUGAUAUUUGUGGCAUCGCAUCAGGGAGACUCCCAAGUUCUUCGUAUAGGCAAUGGCUCGUUCGAAGUCAUCCAGACCUUAUCGAAUAUUGCCCCCAUCCUGGACUUUACGAUAAUGGACCUUGGGAACCGCACCAGCGACAGCCAUACUCAUGAGUUCUCAUCUGGUCAGGCUCGAAUAGUGACUGGCUCGGGCGCUUUCGAUGAUGGAACCCUUCGAAGUGUGCGCAGCGGAGUCGGGAUGGAGGAAUUGGGUGUCUUGGGUGACAUGGAGCAUAUCACCGACCUGUGGGGCUUGCAGGUUGGCACAAGCGGAGAGUUUCUGGAUACGCUUCUUGUCACGUUUGUGGAUGAAACGCGAGUGUUCCGAUUUAGUGCCGAUGGUGAAGUCGAGGAACUGGAACAGUUUCUGGGGCUCAGCUUGGCGGAAAAUACCCUUCUUGCUGCCAACCUCCCUGGAGGCCGUAUAUUGCAGGUCACGGAGCAGAGGGUUCUCAUUGCCGAUGUGGAGGGUGGCAUGGUCGUACACGAGUGGACUCCACCGAAUAACGCAGUGAUCACUGCUGCCUCGGCGAAUGAGGACACAAUGGUCUUGGUUAUUGGUGGAAUUUUCGUCACCGCGCUGGAUAUUCGGAACGAGGUCCAAGUCAUCACGCAGAAGGAUUUCGGCGCCGAUAAUCAGAUUUCGGGCGUCACGGUUCCUUCAUCUCCGACGGAGGUCUGCAUUGUCGCAUUCCCUCAACAAGCGCAGGUCUCGGUUCUGAAGCUACAAGGUUUGACGCAACUACAUACCACGUCUCUUGGGCCCGAGGGUGAAGCUUUUCCACGAUCAGUACUCAUCACAAAUGUGCUUGUCGAUAGCCCGCCAACGCUCUUCAUUUCCAUGGCUGAUGGCAGCGUUAUCACCUACUCCUUUAACACCACAGACUACUCUCUAACGGGUGUGAACAAACUAAUUCUUGGAUCAGAACAGCCGACAUUCAAGAGGCUGCCCAGAGGCGAUGGGCUGUACAAUGUGUUUGCGACAUGCGAGAACCCAAGCCUGAUCUAUGGCUCUGAAGGCCGCAUCAUAUACUCUGCAGUUAACUCCGAGGGGGCCUCUCGUAUAUGCCAUUUCAACUCCGAGGCAUACCCCGGAUCGAUCGCCGUUGCUACGUCCCAGGACCUGAAAAUUGCGUUGGUCGACAAGGAGAGGACGACGCAAAUUCAGACCCUUCCAAUUGGUGCAACUGCGCGCCGAGUUGCGUACUCUCCACCGGAGAAGGCCUUCGGUAUUGGGACCAUCGAGCGCAAGCUAGAAGACGGAGUGGAGAUGGUUAAAAGCCAGUUUGUCCUCGCCGAUGAGAUUCUUUUCCGGCCUCUGGAUCGGUACGAUCUCAGGCCAGAGGAACUAGUCGAAAGUGUCAUUCGCGCUGAGUUCCCUGCUGGCAAAGACGAACAUGGCCGGGAUACAUUUAAGGAUCGAUUCAUUGUGGGAACGACAUACAUGGAUGGCGAAGAGGAGGACACUAUCCGAGGACGGAUUCUCAUCUUUGAAGUCGACAAUGGUCGUAAGCUAACUACGGUGGCCGAACUUCCUGUCAAGGGAGCGUGUCGCGCGUUGGCUAUGCUCGGCACAAAGAUUGUGGCUGCGCUUGUGAAAACGGUUGUUAUCUAUGACGUUGUCAGCAACAACUUCGGAGCGGCCAAGCUUGAAAAACUAGCUAGUUAUCGGACGUCGACUGCCCCGGUCGAUGUUACUGUAACGGACAAUCUGAUUGUUGUCUCGGAUCUUAUGAAGAGUGUUUGUCUGGUCGAAUAUAAAGAAGGCGAAAACGGUCUACCUGAUACGUUGACGGAGGUUGCUCGCCACUUCCAGACAGUGUGGGCCACGUGUGUUGCCUGCAUCGGUCAGGACACGUUCCUGGAAAGCGAUGCAGAAGGAAACCUUAUCGUUCUUCGUCGCAACCUUAGCGGCGUCGAAGAGGACGACAAACGUCGCCUAGAAGUGACUGGUGAAAUAUCCUUGGGGGAGAUGGUCAAUCGUAUCAGGCCCGUCAACAUUCAACAAUUGGCGAGCGUAACUGUUACCCCACGAGCCUUUUUGGGAACCGUCGAGGGUUCUAUUUAUCUCUUCGCUAUUAUCAACCCUGAGCAUCAAGACUUCCUCAUGCGCCUACAAGCCACCAUGGCCAGCAAGCUUGAGUCGUUUGGAGACCUGCCGUUCAAUGAAUUCCGAGGAUUCCGCAACAUGGUCCGGGAGUCUAAGGAGCCAUAUCGCUUUGUGGACGGGGAAUUGAUUGAGCGGUUCCUGACCUGCGAGCCAAGCUUGCAGGAGGAGAUCGUGGAUGCCGUUGGUGUGAUGAACGUACCUGACGUAAAGAUUAUGAUUGAAGCCCUUAGGAGGCUGCAUUAAAGA